GCCGGGCCAGGCAGGCGGAGGGACGCUGCUCCCUUUAGGUCUCCCCUUCACUGAGCCUUGUAUACCUUGGGGCCCCCGCGGAUGCUGAGGAACGCGGAUGGGAGCAAACACUGCCUUGCACCUGCAGGGUCUCUGGCUUCCACGAGCGGCCAUUUCGGGGAAUACGCCAGCGAUGGAUAUCAACGCAGAGCGAGAGAAGAUUCGGCAGGAGAUUGAGGAGCUGGAAAUGUGCCUCGGCCCGAGCAUUCCAGACCUUGAGGCCGGAGAAUCGGGGUCUAGCCUGGAGUCGGGGUCUGAAGAUGAAGAUGACCUUGAAGACGAUGAUAGUGGUACCAAUACGUACAUUGACCUGGAGGUGUAUCCAGGGGAAUCGGACGAAGCCAUGGGGGAAGAAGAGGCCGAAGCCAGCGUUCCCCUCCCUCAGACGCCCGAGACGUGCCUGCAGAUGAACCUUGUUUAUCAGGAAGUCCUUCAGGAGAAGAUUGAGGAGGUUAAAUUCCUGCUUGCUCAAAACAGGGAGCAGCAGGAAAAGCUCACGUGGGAGCUAGCCGGAGCAAGAGGAAGCCAAUCGAGCAGCAGAAAAACUCUGCCUGCUAAUAUGUUUCUGGGUCAUUUUAUGAAGCCUUACUUCAAGGAUAAAGCAUCGGGGAUUGGCCCUCCCGCCAACAGUGAAGCCCGGGAAAAGGCCAGACAAGGCAUCAAAUCUUUUGAGGAGCUGAUCACCGUCAAAUGGAAGAGCCGAGAGAAGCAGCUGCUACACCAGGCGGUGAUGAGCGAUCGUUUGCAGCGUUUGCUGCAGCCCAAGCUGAUGAAUCUUGAGUACCUGAACGAAAAACGAGCGAAGUGCAGAAACGAGAUGGACCAGCAGAUCGUGGACAAGCAGAUUCAGGAGAAAGAGCGUGAAAUAAAUGAUAUCAAUUUGCUGCCCGAGGAGAGCUUGCUGGGAAACAGAUACGAUGAACACGAUUGGGACAAGAUCGCCAACAUCAACUUCGAAGGCACGCGUAGUGCGACCGAGCUCCGGAGAUACUGGCAGAAUUCCGAGCACCCCAGCAUCAGCAAGAAGGAGUGGAGCGAGGACGAGAUUGAGAAGCUGAAGGACAUCGCCACGAGGCGCAACUGCGUGGAUUGGGAAGCCAUUGCAGAGGAACUGGGGACGCAGCGCACGGCCUUCCAGUGUCUGCAGACGUUCCAGGCCUCCAACCGAGACUUAAGGAGGAGCGAGUGGAGCCCGGAAGAGGACCAGAUGCUGCUGCAGCUCAUCCAGGAGAUGCGGAUCGGGAAGCACAUCCCCUACCGGAAAAUUGCCUACUACAUGGAGGGGAGGGACUCGGCCCAGCUGCUCUAUCGGUGGACCAAGCGAGUGGACCCCAAGUUGAAACGAGGCGCCUGGACCCCGGCGGAAGAUGCGCUGCUUCUCAAGGCCAUCAAGAAAUACGGAGAGCGGGACUGGUAUAAAAUCCGGGCGGAGGUGCCCGGCAGGAGCGACGUUCAGUGCCGGGACAGGUACCUGCACGCCUUGCACCACGACAUCAAGAAGGGCAAGUGGAGUCCUGAGGAGGAGACCCGGCUGGUCGAACUGACCGAGAAGUACGGCGUAGGUCGCUGGGCCAAGAUCGCGUCCGAGCUGCCCCACCGCUCCGGAGGCCAGUGUCUCAGCAAGUGGAAGAUCAUGCUGGGCUACCGGCGAAACAAGAAGAAGAAAGAGGAGGCCGGCCUCCAGAAGAAGCGGAAGCGGGUCCAGAGAGCGAGCCCCUGCCUUUCAGAGACGAGCAGCGAGGAUUCAGACCUGGAGCUGGUUGAGGACAGCGGAGAGGAGGAGGAGGAGGCCCUCAAGGCGCGCAAGGAGAAAGGCGCCGGCCGCUGGAGAGUGCCCGGCCUCGACUUGUGGAUCCCCACCAAGAGGAACCUCUCGGAACGGAAGCCCGGAAAGCUGGCUGCGGUCCCUUCGCUCUCCAAGGGCUUCAACGUGAACCGGAAGCGGAGGCUGGCGCCUGGCGCUUUUCUGGACCAGGACGAAGGACAGGGCGCAGCGGAUCCAGCGCAGGGACCUUCCGAGAUUUCGCAGCCAGCCCAGCCCGAAGGCCCAAAGGAGUCGGCACAGAAGAACCAUCAGAAUUCGAGAACCGCCAAGGACACAUGGAGGGUCUCCUUGGCUUACGUGAAGUCGGUCUUGAGGAACAACAGCUACAAGUUGCAGAGGAGAACCCGAGAACUUAGAAGGCGGAAGCGCUUUGCGGUGGGCUCCGAAGCAGGGGGUGGGCAAGCCUUGGCGUCGGAGCCCCAUAACGGGGCUCACCCAGGCCCCGGGAAGAAGGACGGGAUGUGGAAGACGACCCUCUACCGGAGGCUGAUGAUGGCCGUCACUCCAUGGACUGGGACCCAGGUGCAGAGAUGGGCCCUCCGGGUCAAGACCGAAGCGUCUCGCAAGACCAAAGCGGACUUCAUCUCCAAGCACCUGCAGUCCGCCCACCUCACGAGCAGGCCUCUGUUCACCCUCUUCAUCCAGCUCCUUCACAUCGACGUGGACGGCUGCAUGGGGGUCAUCGAGAAGAGGAAACCCCGGGAGGCAGAGCUCUUGAGGUCGGUGGUUGGCAACCCGGCAAAGGACAAGCAGGCGUCUUCGGCCCCAAAUGCCAAAGCCCGGCUUGGCCCCCCGGCGGCCGGCCCGCCUCCCGGCAAGAAGCUCAUUCCUCUCAAGGCCAAGGAGGGCCCCGUCCCCGGUGGCGCGACGUGGGAGGCCGUCCCCUAUCGCUCCGCCCCGAAGCCCAAGACGGUCUCGGAGCUGCUGCGGGAGAAGCGCCUGAGGGCGGCCAAGGCGGCGCAGCAGCGCAAGCUCUUCCUGGUGCCUCCGCUCAUCCUUUCCUCGCCGGUGGUCGUCGCGCCCCAGAGGGGGACCCCCAUGCCGGGGGCCGGGGGCCCUCCGAAGGCCAUCCCCGCAAACCCCCAGGCGGGGCCGCUCCCGGGCCUCCCUCGUCUCCCGCCUUCGAGGCCGGCGGUCCCACCGCAAGCGGGAGGUUUGGCAUCCUCGGGAGAGAACCCGGGCCACGCCAGGCCUGCCGCGCUGGCCUCCCCAGGGGUCCCCAAACCGAUCCUGCCGGUCACCUUGAUCUUGACCUCGCAAGGGCUUCUCCCCCUGACCAUCGUCAGCCUGCCGGGCCAAGGAGGGCCGCCCCCCAGCAGCCCACGCCACGCGCCCAGUUCGGCCCAGGCGGCACCAGCAUCGGGGGCCCAGUCGGGCAAGGGAGCCCCUUCUGGCGGCCCUCCUUCCUCUCCUCUCCCCCCAGCGAAUGGCCCUCCGGCGGCUCGCCUCUCGGCUCCCCCAAGGCGAGCUCCUCCCUCGGAAGGGGCCCAGCCCAGGACUGCCCCGACCGUCCCUGUCCAGAUGGGAGCCCCUCAGGACCAGGCGGCGGGAAGCGCCCCUCCGACCGUCGCCGGGGGCUCCCCUCACCCAGCAGGGCCGUCGUCCCCUCGUAGCCACCCUGCCCUGCCAGAGGAGAAGCUGAGCCCGGACUACCGUCUCCUCUCCCUCGAAGACGGGCCAGCGGUGAAGGCGUGGGCCCAGGGGGCCUCUGGGGGCGGCCCCCUCGCCCUCGGCCCCCGCCUCCCCUACCUGCCCCCGUUCCUCUGCAGCCUGAAGGCCCUCUCGUCCCUCCUGCUCAAGAAGGAGAGCCUGGUGCGCGGGGCUGCCUCCCUCCUGACCUCGGGGGGCCGUCUGGGGGAGACCGCCCCCCCUCCGGACCCGGAGGAGAGCCUGAGGGCGCUGGUGCGGAGCCGGCUGCGCGACAACCCCGCCUACCUCCUGCUGAAGCGCCGGUUCUUGGCCGCCUUCACCUUCCCGGCGGCCCUGGCGGCCCUGCCUCCGUACAGGGUGGCCACCACGCUCUCCGGCGGCCGGUGGUGGGAGAGCAGGUCGGGGGAAGACUCCAGCUCAUCGGAAGAGGAGGAGGAGGAAGAAGAAGGGGUCGAAGGCGACGAGGAAUCCCGUGGAGCAGCCGGGAACGGGCCCAGCCGGGUGGUGGUUCCCCCCAGAGGGCAGGAAGGCCACCCUUGGGAGCCGGAGGUUUCUCCUGCGCAGGCGCCGGCCGCGGAAAGGACGGCGUCGGAGCCGCCGAGCAGGCUUGGGACGCGAAGCAGUUCGCGCUUGCGGAAGAAGAGGAUGCAGCCGUGAGAGGGAGCAGGCUUCCUGGAGACCUCGGCUGCAUCUCCCCGAGGGGCUCGUCCUGCACUUUGCACUAACGACCAGCCACACUCCGGCCUUGACGAUGGGAA